UGAUACACGGGACUGGUGGAUGCGAUGUGAGGUGGCUUUAUGGCUGUGACAGAAUGUGAUGAGACCGAAGCAGAAUGGCACGGCUUCAAUUCUCCGGGUGCAGCUUUUGAUGGCGUAUUCGGAGGUUCUACGGUCGACACGCGCUCUCUACUCGUUGCCUGCUUUCCUCAUUCUGUGGCAUCGCCAACAUCGCCAGCGCCACCAGUGCCAUUAUCACAACCGAUUAAACGGGAACUAGAUGAAAGCACUUCAGAGCCUCAACAUUUUAAUUGGACUAAGUCAUUAACACAUCAACAUUAUAUUGAAUCAUCUCUGUUUUCACCAAACGAACAACAGCACUGUAAUGGUAGUAGUGUUGAUUUGAUGGAGUCUGAUGAUCAGUGUUGUCCAGUCAACAUGCAUGUUUUAGCGGGAUCGUCUGACAUGAGUCCAGUUGAAGAUAAUUGUGAGUACUACUAUGAGCUGACAGAAAGCUCAGUGUCCUUUGCUGAAAGUCUUAAGAAUGCAUUUCAAAAUACUGUGAAACGACCUCGCUCGCUGCUGUCAAAAUCAAGAGACUCGAGUCCGUUCACUCUAAACCCUAUAGCCAAGCAGGAGCUGCUGGCAGCCCCUAAUGGUGUGAAUAAUGGAGAUGUGCUGAACGAACCGUACACUGAGAUUAUGAGUCAGUAUCAUGAAUCAUUCUACAAGUUCCAUGGUAGAUAUCCUGAUUGGAAGUCCAGUCGUUCACGAUCGCAGUCACGUUCACCAUCACUUUGGUCAGAGACAUUGGGAGAGGCGGAACCAAUUGAAUUCAAUGAAGAAGCAGCAGCUAGUGGAUUAAGCAUGUUAUCACGUGAAGAACUCAAAUCAAUGCAUGCUGAAAUGUCAGACAAAGUCAGCGAGCUGUCUGAUGUAUUAGUUGACUUGCUGACGUCUCGUGAUCAACUUCAAUUGGAAAUUGAAGUCCGAAACGAUUUCAUUGCUGCUGUGCUGCGACUGCAGGAACUAAUGCAGUACCGGAAUGCUCGCAACCAGCAACAAACAAAGGGCAAGUUGCUUUUCAAGAAAACAGUGAGCGGUCAAAGGAUUUCCAGGCACCUGGAUACUGUGAUUUCGUAUGUGCCUUCUAUGUUAGGACAAAGCUUCAAGACUAUACAAUUUUUGACUAAAGUUGUUGAAGCAGUAUGUGCCGACAGCUCUUCGUUGCAAGAGGUAUUACAAGAAUAUAUGACAUAUGCAGGACUAAACUCAUAAUGAGAAACUUAGUGCACUACCUCAUUUGUAUCAAAGAUGACUGACUUUUCUGUAAUCCAGCAGGUUUGGAUUUAGAAUGUGAGGUAGUAAUAGUUACAUCUGGUUGAAUUGUAGAAUGGAUUGUUUUAUAUGUAUGUGACCAGACGAUGGGGACGAUUGCUGACUACUUAUGUGUGCAUAUUUGUGAUGUGGACAAAGGCAAAAUUAUACCAGUCAGUGGUUAGAGUGAUGAGUUUUGUAUAGAAUAUUGAGUACUGCGUCACUUUAUAAGGUUUUGUAGUUGCAAGUAAAUCUUAGGAUGUGACAUUAUGAAAAAUUGAAAAUAUAGAGUUCAGUACAUAC